AAACUUUACUCGUUCACACGCACGACCACGACUAAAAAGGAAGUAACCUUUUCUAUAGCAGAGGAGUUCAACUAUUUGCAAAACUUGUCAGGGGUCACAAUAUAGGAAACGAAAGAAAAUAUCACAGAGUAAAACGGGAGACAAAUCAGCAAAUGUAUAAUUAGAGUGCUUUCCCAUUUGUUUAUAACUACCAAGCAACAUCUUGCAUUUCUAAACAUCUGUCAGGAUGAUAGCUGCAUCGUUUUUAUUAUUUCAAGAGACCACAAAUGCGUUGAGUAAAUAAACUUGAUUUUUGUGGGAUUUAAAAAGACAUUUUGUGUACUUUAGGACUUCUCUGUACAUAAUGGUAGGUCCAAACUGGGACAAACCAGCUGAGCCUGAGGAAAAACUCCGGCCCGCUGGUACACUUCAGCGAAACCCCCCAAAUAACGACAAGCCUCCAACCUAUCUAUUCAAGAUCAUUAUCGUCGGCGAUGAAACCGUGGGGAAAACCUCUUUUUUACGCAGAUUCACAGAUGAUACAUUCUCACCACAGUAUUCAGCGACCAUAGGAGUAGAUUUUGCAGUGAAAGUUGUGGAAACUGCCAAAAACGAGGUCGUUAAACUACAGGUGUGGGACACAGCUGGUCAAGAGCGUUUUCGGAGCAUGACUUCCUCAUACUAUCGAGGAGGUCACGGAGUUGUGCUUAUGUUUGACGUCACAAAGAGGCCUAGCUUUUUACACCUCUCCAAUUGGCUGACGCAAAUUCAAUCGUUUUCAAAUGACGAUACCACUAUUGUUCUGGUGGGCAACAAAGCUGAUGAAGAUGAAGGAAGGGAAGUGGGCACCGAUGAAGCCCUCAAGUUUGCCCACGAAAACGAUCUCCAGUAUUUCGAGGCCAGUGCUAAGGACGACGUGAAUAUUGUUAAUGCCAUGGAGGCAUUAUGCACAGCAAAUAUCGAAAGAGUGCAGAGGCUAAGAGCUCAGAAGAAAGAAAAUGGUUUGAACGACAGCGUGAAGGUCUCACCACAGAGACAAACCAAACAGCAAGGACCCCCACCCGUUCGUCGACCCAGUGUUGAAGGACCCCCACCCGUUCGUCGACCCAGUGUUGAAGGACCCCCACCCGCUCGUCGAGUUAGUGUUAUUAAUCUCAGCGAUUACAGUACAUCGAAACCUAAGAAGUCAAAGUGCUGUUAAGGAUGGAGUAAUAACAUCCUUGCCAUCUCAUACAAAGCCCACAUUUCGAAUGAUGAGGUACGGAACAGAAUCACAAACGCAGUGGGGCAGCAUGAUCUACUGACCACAGUGAAGAGACGAAAAUUAAAAUGGUAUGGGCAUGUCACAAGAUCCACAGGACUUGCUAAGACAAUCCUACAAGGAACCGCACAAGGAAAGAGAAAGAGAGGAAAGCAGAGAGCUUGCCCCUCUCCACCCCCACCCCUCAUCCCUUACAGAUGUAUACUUCCUUGAUAAUACAUGUAAUAAUAAUAAUAAUAAUAAUGAUAAUAAUAAUAAUAAUAAUAAUAAUGAUAAUGAAUAUAAUAAUAAUAUGGUCCAUUGAAGAGACAUAGUCAAAAUGUCUGUUGGGAUGAGAAAAGUGUUACUUAAUGUAAA